AUGCCAGUGACAGUCAUCGCCGCGAGACCACCCGAACAAACGAGUGCCCCAAGCAAUCACCGAUACAUCGAUAUCGCAGUAAACUUGACCGAUCCUGUUUUCCGGGGGUACCACCAUGGCAAACGCAAACACGAAGACGACCUGGACGCCAUGAUUGAACGCUCGCGAGCGGCGGGUGUUAAGAGCAUGAUCAUCACCGGUGGCAGCCUACAUGAAUCCAAGGAGGCAUUGGAGCUAGCUAGCCAGUUAGGAUUCUAUGCCACUGUUGGCUGUCAUCCAACCCGAUCGAAGCAGUUCGAUGAUUUCCGUGGAGGCCCUGCAGCAUACUUGGAAGAACUUGACAAGCUAAUCGCCGCGAACCUGACUGGGAAGGGCAGGGUCGUCGCAGUAGGCGAGUGCGGCCUAGACUACGAUCGUACACACUUCGCAUCACGGGAGGUCCAACGUCGUCAUUUUCGUUCGCAACUAUCACUAGCGAAAGAGUACCACCUUCCACUGUUCUUGCACUCUCGUGCCGCACACCAAGACUUUGUCCAAAUCCUCCGCGAAGAAGGAUAUGACAAGGACGGCGGCAAAGAAGUUGGUGGCAAAGGAGGAGUUGUGCACAGCUUCACCGGAACCCCCGAGGAAGCCAAGGAACUCAUGGACAUGGGAUUCCACAUAGGCGUCAACGGGUGUAGCAUGAAGACCGAGGAGAAUCUUGCUACCGCCAAGAGCAUCCGCCCCCAGUGGAUCAUGUUCGAGACAGAUGCACCGUGGUGCUCUUUGACAUCUACCCACGCGUCCAAGCCCCACCUCGCGAGUCUCCCACCUUCUCUGGGCUCGCUGUAUUUUCCGCAGGCCACGAAGCCCGAGUCCUUUGUGUACGGCAGACCCGUGAAGGGCCGAAACGAACCGACCGCGAUCGGCGGCGUGGCAUGGGUAAUCCAUCGGCUUACCGAAGGCGUCCCGUUCGAGAAGGUCACAGAGAAGGCAUGGAAGAACACAGUAGAGCUCUUCGGGCUCACAGAGCUGCAAUAGACCACGCCGGGGUCUCAGGAGCCUCGUCGCUAGCGAAUACAAUACAUUUCACUUUGACUCGUCAGCACAGUCGUACGUUCAGCGACCGGCAAUAUGUCGUACCAGCGCCACCGUUCCCAUCCGCGAGAAACCGUCUUACCGCUUCCACGCAGCGGCCUUCUUUGUCAUAUAGACGCAACUGACCGAGGGGACCUUCUCCCGUAGCCACGGCAGCACGUCUGAGUCCAGGUUUGGACAGCCGUCGGCGAUCAGGGUUUGGAGGGGCUGCACGCGCGUGACGCCAGACUGCCCAGGAUCAUCUCUCUCGCGCGCAGCGCACUUCUCAGCCUCCGCGAUGCGCAUCUUGACUAGACGGACGAGCUCCCCGCCGCUGACAGCGUCAUUACGGGAGCAGUCGAGAUGGCGAAGGACGGGACAUAAAACGCCCGUGGAAACCUCGUGCGGUGCUCCCGUGUCGACAGGCUGGGGAUCUGGUACGCGCGUGAGGGCUUCGAGAACGGCCUUCACGGUGCUGAUAUAGCAGAGCUCGAGGGUUUCCAGCAACGGCGUCGCGGCCAGGACGCGGAUCAUGAGUUGCGGGUCGCAGGUCGAAUUCCGUAUCGCGAGUGACGUGAGCUUCGGGGCAUUGCCGUCCGCGAGAUGUCGCAGAGCGUGGUCGACACUAGGAGGGGGACAACCAGAGAUCUCCAGAGUCGUGAGAGACGGAAACGCAAGGCGUGCCAGUAGGGCGCCCGGAAGAGACAAUGAGAUUUUCAGGGAGGUGAGUUUGGGGAAAAGGAUCGUAGGGGGUAGUUCUCUCUCGGUGGGAGGAGGAAGUGUCGUGACGGGGUACCAUGAACGGAUUUCAAGAUGAGCCAAGUUGACGUUACGAUGAAAGAGCCACAGUGCAUUAUGCCAGUCGCGCUGACUGAACGCGCCGUAGAAGUAGCCCUCCUCAAGAUCCGUGAGACUGUUCGAGAGCUCAGUCCAAUCAGCUUUCUGAUCAGUGCGAGAAUUAAGGUUGAGCACAGAGGGAGAGAAGACAGGCGUCUUGCCAUGCCACUGCAGCCUCCCCUUCAGCAAUGUGACGUCUGCCCGGCGCAAUCCACGAAGAGCUUGCAGGCAUGCGCCGCCAAUGGAUGGUAGAUUAGCAGGAAGAUGGGUGAUUGGGAAGUUGUCUAGUCUGAGCGUGACUAAGGAAUUGAGAGACAACUUGUGGAGUUCCUCGAGGACAGAUGGCGUCAAGCUAAAGUCCUCGGUCAACGCUAGCUCUCGUAUCCGGUUCUUGGAACGCUCCUUCCACACUCUGAUUUUACGCGCCGGGUGUCUUUCCGUAAGGACAAGGAUGCUCCAGAAAGCAGGGGUGCCGAGGAUUGUGAAGCGCCAAUUUUGGCACACCUGAGCAAGGACAACGACAUAGGCAUGAUCGUCGGCGAGGAGGAAGGAGAAUAUAGUGUUCGCGAUUUCCACAGGAAGCUUGCCAAAAUGGCAGGCUCGUUGAGACACGAGCUUCGCAGCUUCCUUGGUGGCCUCUUCACGCGCGGAGUCCACUGCGCCCCGAAGCGCGAGCAUUUCGUCGCGUCGUGCGGACUGAUGGGAGGGGAUGCGUUCGAGAGCGAGGUCGAUCAUACGCGAUGCAGCAUCGAACUUGCGGAUGUGGUGAAAGAGACGAGCGGAGCGUGCAUAUCCCUGCCAACGGCUAGGCUGGGAAUCUAUCACCGUCUUCGAGUCUCGUAACGCCUCCUUCAGUUUGCCCAUUUUCUGAUAAACGGCUGCCCGAGAGUCACAUAUCGUCCCAGGGUCUCCCCCGUGUUUCAAGGACUCGGAGAAUGAAGCAAUGGCCAGGUCGUACUUUCCUGCCUGGAAGCUUUCUAUU